CUCAAAACGUUUAUAGAGGGGCCACCCUCAUUGGUAAAAAUUAUUUGCUUAAACGAUAGUGAGCAUUUGAAGCUUUUCGCAGUGACGGAAGAAGAGUUAUCUAGAAAGUGACGUUGGAAAUGCUUGAAAAUACCUAUUAAGAAAUAAUAUGGAUACAAUCAAAAAUACCAAAGUUUCUUUUAACAUAGUGCCCAUAACUGACAAUGAUAAGGAAGUUGUGAUUAAUUCUUUAAAACAGUAUUUUUUCCGCGAUGAACCUUUAUGUGCAAGCUCAGGGUUAAUGGAAGAAAAAGAAUCAGUAAUACAACUUGAAAAUUUUUGCGUUGAUUUAUUGCGAAACGAGAUAUCGUUUAUGGCUGUAUCCACAGAAACAGGUGAAUUGAUGGGUGCCUCAUUGAAUAGCCCAAUGUUUAGGGGUAAUGAAAUACAAGAAAUCGGUGAAGAGAAUAAUGAAAAAAGUUCGAAAUAUAAUGAUAUCAUGGUUCUCUUAGACAAAGCUGAGCGAGAUACUGAUAUAUUUGGGAAAUAUCCAAAUAUUGAUCGUAUAAUGGAAUUAAAGAUUAUUACAGUAAAUGAAGCAUAUAGAGGACAAGGCAUUUGCAAAGCCCUCGUCAACAAGUCUAAAGAGUUGGCACUGGAUUUAGGAUAUCAAAUGAUUUACGUGGAGUGCAGCAGUCAUUUUACUGCAAUGGCUGUUGAAAGAUUUGGAUUUCAAUGUAUCUAUUCGUUUUCUUAUUCAGAUUACGUGAACAAGCAAGGCGAAGUUGUGUUCAAGACAAAGCCUCCUCACGAAUACUUCAAAAUCCAUGUAUUACUUCUCUAAAAUAUUUUAUGUUCAUUGUAAUACCUAAUUACACCAAUAACCAGUUAAAUCCAAAUGUAGUAUAUUAACAUUAUAUAGUUUCAACGCGGUAUAGUAAUUUACCCCCGAAGAAGUUAAAAUUAUAAAUAUAAAAUAAAUAGUUUGAUGUUUUGGUUUAAAAAGCAUAAUUUGAGAAAAGAUUACGGUUUAUCAUCAAGCAUAACAAUUGUGAAUAAUAUAAGAAAAAUGUAUAAAAUAUUAUAAUAUACAAACAUUUUAACAAUA